UUUAAAAUGAAAGUACCUUUUUCCAAUACUCUUCUGCUUCCUUUCCCAUCUCCUCCUCCCCUCGCUGUGCAAACCCCAAAGGUCAUUUUGAAGGACGUGGACUCUCUCCUUUACGUGGACACUGAUGUUCUGUUCCUGAGGCCCAUCGAUGACAUCUGGCACAUCCUGAAGGAGUUCAACUCGACCCAGCUGGCUGCCAUGGCCCCGGAGCACGAGAUACCAAAGAUUGGCUGGUACAGCCGCUUCGCGCGUCACCCCUACUACGGGGCCACCGGGCUCAACUCUGGUGUCAUGCUGAUGAACCUAACGCGGAUACGCAGCACGCACUUCAAGAACAGCAUGAUACCAGGUGGCUUGACUUGGGAGGAAAUGUUAUAUCCGUUAUACCAAAAGUACAAAAAUCACAUUACGUGGGGAGACCAGGACUUACUAAAUAUCAUUUUUUACUUCAACCCAGAGUGUCUCUAUGUGUUUCCAUGCCAGUGGAACUACAGGCCUGACCACUGCAUGUACGGCAGCAACUGUAAAGGUGCAGAAGAAGAAGGGGUCUCCAUUCUGCAUGGCAACAGGGGUGUCUACCACGAUGACAAGCAGCCUACCUUCAAGGCACUCUACGAAGUGAUCCGUGAUUUUCCCUUUGAAGACAAUCUCUUCCAGUCUUUGUACUACCCUCUGCAGUCUAAGUUCCUGGAUACAGUGCACACGUUAUGUGGGAGAAUUCCACAAGUAUUUUUGAAGCAAAUUGAGAAAACUAUGAAGAAGGUGUAUGAAAAUCGUGUCAUUGUCUACUUGGGGGCCAACCACAGAUACUAAAUGUAGCUAUAUUUUUAUGCAGAGUUUUUAAUUCUUGCACUCCAUCUCCUGAAGCAUUUAAAUGAAGAUUAUGGACUCUUCUAUUGAAGUUCAGA